CAGAGACAGGGAAGUGAGACGAUGAAUGCUGAGAAGAGAACAGAAAAACCCGGUUGGCAUUGAUGCCUCCAUUGGCCAAUUGCGGUACAACAACAACCAAGGUUAUCGACGAGCUCCUCCGCCGCCAUCCGGGCAGGUAAAUCGCUAAUGCGAUCAUGAUCCAUUCAUUAUUGUCUCUGCCCGCCUCUCAUUCCACCCCGAGCAGUUCGACCUCGUCCAUCAUGCACCCGUCCUGACACGGUUGUUGGUGAAUUCUUGUCUUAUUCUCCUCGUGCGAUGUACGGCUACCCUGACACAUCCGGAGCCAGGCGAAGACCAGUGUCGCCUGCUUCAUUCUCCGUCAAUACGACUCCAAAUGUGAGUCCCUAUGGCCAAACGUCCGGAGUUGUUACCAGAGAACCACCCGGCCCGCCUUCUCCGUUGUCCAGAGGAGGGCCAUCGGCUCCAGCUGAUCAACAGCAUUUGUCCAGAGCCACCACUGAUAGCUAUUUCCUUCGCCCUCCUAUCAAUGCCGGGCCAUCGUCCGCGCCGCUACCUUCUCCCUACGACUUCCAGAGAUCCGCGACAGACUUCCCUGCGGCGACAGUCUCUACCUCCGCAUCCCAUCCUCAACAGCAGCCCCAGUCGUCUGUCCAAAAGGCUUUCGCCGACGCUCGCCACUUCUUAGGAGGGUUGAUUGAACACCCCACCGAGAGUACCAAACAUUUCACCAUUUUACGACAUUCUCAUGGCAUCGUCUUCUACCGUGGCAUCACCACGACGGUGACUAUCUCCGUCUUUGCCGAUGCGCCCUUACCGCCCGAUCGUACCUACUGGCUGCAGGACAAGGGAUUCACGGGCAAAACGGGCAUGAAAGCCAAGGCUCUCAUGCGGUUGAAUGAUGAUUGGCUUGAUCUGACCCCAACCCUGGCUCUGCGUCCUGACCAGGUGAAUCCCAACGAUGAACGAGCAUGGCAGCGAGACCUCUCUAAAUUCCGCAAAAAGGCGCCAUCCCGAAUCAGAGAUAAGCACAUCCUGCGCGAGACCGUCGUGGCACGUGUCCCCGCAGAAGCCGAAGAUGGAUAUUAUUCGAUUCUGCUCUGCCAUGGCCCAAAGAAGAAGGUCUUAUGCACUAGCCCUACUUUUAGGAUAAUGUCUACUUCCAUGGAUCCUAGUUCCAUUCGGGGUGCGAGUCUCAGUACCCUCCCCUUAGAACUAGGGGCGAUGGCUAUCGGCGGCUAUGCUCAAACUCUCAGUGAAAGGGUGCUCAACCCGGUUACAAGCGUGGUACAGCCAUACCUACCCGGAGUUAUUACACAGACGGCAGCAGAAACGGCAUACGCCGUGAAGGAGGAUGCAUUUGCCGAUGCGAAUGAUCAAUAUGCUCAAGUUCGCGGUGAUAGUGAAGUCGAUAUCCAGCAGGGUCCUCUCCCACCAUACCCGCUAAAUUUCCGUUCCUUGGCCGAAAUGCCUGGUGACCAUGAACAUAUGAGGAUGCCAAGGAUGACUCUUGUCAAGCCCCCGGAACAGACUCUUCGACGACUCCACGGCUACUAUUUUGGCUGGGCUCGACUGGAGAACAGCACUUCCAAGCAACAGCCUCCAGGUCGAUGGAUUCAAGUAGUUCUCUCCGUGCUGAAGAUUGAUCUCUCUCAAUUGGCUCGCGUUAGUAUGUCUGAUGCUCUGAAACGAGUUGCGACGCUGCGUUUCUUGGAUGAUGUGAACCUUCCAGGACAGGCAAAGGUCGAAGUGCGCAUCCUAGGAUUUAUUCGCCCCGACUCACAUUCUCCUGAUGCCUCAGGCCCAAAACCGGUAUCAGCAGAGGAUCAAAUGAUGGCCGAGGCGACAGACGCUUCCAUUGCCCUCAAUGUUUUAAACCACCCAGCCUGGGGCCCGGAUUCUCGGCCACAGAAUACGUCCUUAACGGACCGGUAUGGGAGUCUGCAACUACGUGGACAACAGUUCUUUGAACGAGUCCCAUUGCACAAAGUGGGAAUUCGCAAGCCUGGAGAUGACCUGAAGGACAAACAGUUGACAGUUAAUGGAUUUUACAUAAAGCGAGGGUAGUAGAUGGCGUUGUCAUCCUUGAGAAUUUUGCGAAGCAUAGAAUUGGUAUUGCCACUCAUCUAUAAGAGGGCAUAUUUUCUGUACGGUACAUCUUGGAAUGUUUCAGAAUUGAACAAGGCUCUUCUUUCACCUUGCUUCUCUUUGCUGAAACCCCCAUUCUCAGACCAGAUUCUGCUAUGCAUAUCUUAUCUUUUGCCAAGAAGGGCCUUCGGACUAUCCCCAAUGGAAAGCUUCCUUGACCCUUACCCAACACGGCCAUUGUACCUACAAUCAACCGCCAUGGCACAUAGCGCAAAUUCAUCAACGCCAUCAUGUAAAAUGGAAACUUGUGAUUCAAGGCAGGCAGUCGUGUCCGCUCUCAUGGUGUUAUCCAUCUAUCUCCGUUACAUGUCUACCAGAGUCCAUCAAGGCACACACGGAGAAAGCUCAUCAAAGCUUCCAAUGAGGCAGGUAUCUAUAUCUGUCAUUCCCCCGCAGGAUCUGACGGACAGACUCUUGAGCCGUGUAGAUAAGGUACAUACUCUCGUCUCGUCUCUUUCUCGAUAUCCCAUGGCUAUCUUCAUCCUAUCAGCAGCUUGCCCUGGUCGCCUAUCAUUCAUCUCAUUGUCAUCUUGCGCCAUGCGCCAUCUACGCUAAGGAUGUCUACAGGGAGAACGAUUCCAGAACAAUAUCAAUUACACGAACCCGGUCGAUUUCUGAGCUCUCCGGGUGGUAGGACAUACUUCUUUGGGCAUAUUCAGCCGAUUGCAUCGUCGCUUGGGCCUUGGCAUAUAGUGAUUUCGUAGAUAACAGCCCCGUUGUCGGGCAAUUCCAAGCGAUAAUUUCUUCUGAACUGAUUGAAUAUCUUAAGUGCCAAGCUAAAAGACGAGGAGAAUCGAAAUUACUAAGUGGUCGAUAUAAAGGGAUGCUCUGUAUUUUCCAGUUCUCAGUUAGGAUAUCCACCCGCAGAGCUACGGUGCAAGAUGAGAAUUUCCCCGGCAUGCCUCUCACUCCCAUCCUGCCUGCUGCUUGUCAGCUUGGCGGUUGAUGUGGUUGCUAGUCCAAACCCUCUACCCAAGUCCAGAUGGGUACGCCAGGGUCGAGGGCGUAAGCCUUCCACGCAUAACCUGCAGACCCGGGAUGCGGAAUGCGUCGAGAACAAUGCCACCCAUAUUGCAGCUCCGUUUCAGAAUGUCUGGGACGAACUAUCCAAUGUUGAGGCAGCCUCGGUUGUGCAGUGGCUCUUUCAACAGCCAGAGCUCAACCUCACAGUCAGUGACGAUGCUGGCCCCUGGGACAACACCAUCCAGCUGGUUGAGUUGAUGCGACCCAACAAAACCGAUGUCCUACAGUAUCUCGAUCAUUCAGGCUCUCCUCCAG